AUACAAGAUGCCUGUUUGGACAGUGAAACAGUAGAAUUAAUUUUCUAUAUGAUAUGCCUUAAUAGCGCUGUUAAUAACGCGUAAAUGUAAUACAAAAGUUUAUAUGUCAAAUCUAAAUUGGGAGUUUCCAAGGAAUAUUCCUUCCAACGGUGGAAACAAACCACAAAUUUCGUUCUUUGAAUUCUUAAUAUUUUCAUUUCACGACAAAACAUGGAAGACAUAGAUGGCACGAACAGUCGUAGACCAAAAAGUACGUGCUUAAAACUCAUUCAAACUGUCCUCUCAUAUAAACGAACUCUUCAACUAACCCUCUUUUACUUAUUUCAGACUCGGCGUUUAAACAGCAGAGGCUAAAGGCAUGGCAACCGAUCCUUACUGCGCAAGUGGCAACCAUAUUCUUCCUUAUUAUUUUCGUUUUGUUUAUUGUCCUCGGGGCUGUCUUGUUUGUCGCUUCUAACUCGGUGAGUAAGCUUUAAGCUUUUGAAAAGAUUUCAGGACAAUAGGAGAACAAUAUUGUACAAAAAUACUGUGGAAUUUUGAAAGUUUUGUGGGCUAUUUUUUGUACAGAAUUUAUUGACAACUUUAAACAAACUUGGGUUUUAAUGUGUAUUGUAUAGCAGAUGGUGGUCAAUCUCUGCGUUAUCAGAGUGAGAAAAUAAUGUGAAUUCUUUUAAUUAGUUGUAGUCUUGUAUUUGGAGGCAAAUAAAUAGAAUUACUAGAUAUGUCGUUCAAUUCUUACUCCUAGAAGGAACUUCAAGAUUUAUGAACUUCAUCAGACAUCAAUCAAAUCAUUCUGUGCACUCAACAUUUGAGUAUUCAUCAAGAAAAUAACUAUAUAUCUUUCUCCCUGUUAAAAGCUCAAAUUUGGGGUGAAAAAUGCUUUUAUACGGAAUAUAUUUUGCAUUUUUUACCUACAAGUUUGCAAAAUUUGUACUGUGGUAUGUUUCAACACCUAGUAUUAUAAAUACUAACUUGCCAGCUAGCUUUGUACUUUUAGGUCUAAAAGUGAAUACAGUGGCAUUUUAAAAGCAAACAUUGAUUUUUCUAUGUUUUGGGAGGAUUUCCAAGUGUAUAAAGUGCCGCUGUAUUUAUUGUAAUUGCAAGAAUAUUUAAUUAAGAUUGUUAGGCAUUAAAUAUUUAUUGAAAAAGUCUAUUUAUACUUGCUUGUUGCAUAUAGCUACAAACACAAAGCCCAAAACAAAACUUGUUCUUCAUCUGUGAAUUCAGAUGCCUAAUCAUGCUGAAGAUUCCUAUUUUAUUUGGAACAAACAUUCUUUGUUUGAGAGCAAAGAUUCUUUGUUUAAAUUAAAGCGUAGUUUACACUGUCAAAGUUUCUGUGAUCACAGUAGGAAUUUUUCAUUGAUAAAGUCUACAUUUUGAAGGAUUUUAAUAGGAAGACAGACUUAUCGUUUAAACAGACCUGUCAACCUUAAAAUUUUAAAACAGGGAGAUUUUGCUUUUUAGCCCUUAAAAAACUGUGAGAUUUUAUCAAAAACCGGGAGAGCAAAAUUGAAGUCAUAUGCAGUGUUCAAGAAUGCAAGAAUGCAACUAGUUUUUGAGAUCCCAAGUUACAUCUCAUAUCCUUACAAUAAUCUACUUAUCGCUUAUACUGCGAAAGUGGAUAAAAAAGCCAAAUACUUGUAGUUCAUGGAGUAAGUUUCAGAGCUUGGAGUAAGUGUCAGAGCUUGGAUGGACACGAGUGAUUUUCACACGAUUACUAUUUCUUACCAGAUAUUUGAAUCUGGAAAAUAUUCCAUUGUAAACUUCAUAACAAUUAAAACAAGCAACCGGGAGAAAAUACCUUCAGUUGAUACCUGGAGAAAAAGGUCAAAACCGGGAGUCUCCCGGCAGCACCGGGAGACUUGACAGGUCUGGUUUAAACACUAAAACAGUUUCCUCAAACAUUUCUUACAAAUCCUUCAAAAUGUAGAAUUUCUGAAUUUACCGAUGCAAAAUUCCUACUGUGAUCACAGAAACUUUGCUAGUGUAAACCGGCAUUUUCAGAUUCUUUGUGUGGACUCAGCACUUUACAUGUGGCAUUUUGUGCACUGUCCAAUUUAUUUAUUUAUUUAUUUAUUGUGCUUCGCUUCCAAACAUCAAACAAUAAUUGUGUUAAAUAAGCUGGGACACCACAACAGCUUAACACCAAUUACAGUGGGCCCUUUACAAAAUAUCAAUAUAAAUACGGGAUAUUAGUAAGGGCGGACCAUAACGACCAUUAGAAAAGUGAUUGGGGGGGGGGGGUACUUUUUCAACUUGUACGAAUAUUUUUUUAUUUUUUGGUUAUGUCGAUAAUUUUUUUUAUUAAAUGUAAUCUCUUACACAAAUUUUUUUUUAUUUCAACUUAUAAUUUUCCCUAUUGAAAAGUCUCUGCACGAAUUUUUUUUUCUGUUUCCCCUGCUCAACUUUUAUUUUUGCUUUUUCCCCACCCCACCCAACCCGCCAUCACUUUUCUAAUGGCAGACCCCUAGCUUGAAAUCUUUGCACUAAUUUUAACAUUGGAAUGCAUGUGGCUAGUAAGUUAGUGUUUAAAUGUUGCAAAUAUGCUCAGGCAAGAAUCUCAAUUCUCAAAUUGGCAAACACAUGGUGAUUAUAUGAUUUUAUAUACAAAAAUGAAUAAGGUGCGUCUUGACAAGAUAAGGUCAGGGUUCGUAGCGGUCUUUGAAAUCCUUGAUAAAUUGGAAUGCAGGUCUUUGAGGUCUUUGAAAAGUCUUUAAAUUGUGUGAAAAAACGAAGAAAGUCUUUAAAAGUCUUUAUAUUCUUUAGUGAGGAAUUGAUUAUACGAUUUCCUAGCUAAUAAAAUAGAUUGAUUGAAUCAAGAUUUUCGCAAAUAUCGACGAAAAUGCGCAUUUUAGGAUGUGAUUUGACGGGACUAAUUACUGGGUAAAAAUGGUGCUUACACUCGCAAUUUUUCGACAGCUGAUUGCUCUCAAAGGUCUUUGAAAAGUCUUUGAAAAUAGGCAGAAAAAAUCUUUGAAUUUUUUUUGUCUUGGAGACUAUGAACCCUGAAGGUGUAUGCAAAGGUUGCAGGUGUGAUCACACAACUCAUGACCUGGGCAGGUCUGAUUGUCUUUGUUAUAACAAAUCCCUUUUGUGGAAGGCAAUGUCAGAUUUCAUUUUGUUAACUUAUUUUCUUCCAGGUGAGAGAGAAAAAAGUGGAGUACACGCAUUGUAAUAAAUAUGGCAAAGACAAGAAAUGUGAGGACUAUUUAGAAGAAAACUCAAACGAAACUUGUGAAUGUAGAAUGAAGUUUGAGCUGAGUGAUGACAUUGAGAAACAAGUCUAUCUUUAUUACGGCCUCUCAAAUUUCUAUCAGGUAUUAAUACAGCAAGAAUUUUCAAUUUCCAUUGAUGGGUUUUUGAAUGGUUUAACCCAUUGAGUGACAUUGUGCCCUGAUGUGCUGUACUUCAUUAUUUUACUAAGCCAGGUUAUUUUACUUGUCAAGGGGCGAGUGCUGGUGCUUAAUGGGUUGAUUAAUAUUAGGACAUUAAAUUGAUCUCACUCAUAAUUCUAUGUUAAUUAAGAACCAUCGUCGUUAUGUGAGGUCAAGAGACGAUGCUCAGUUACGUGGUGAUCUUAGCCAGUCUGUGUCUAGUGAUUGCAAACCUUAUGCCGAAGGAUAUUACAAACCCAACCAAACCAGAGCGAUUGCGCCAUGUGGUACCAUUGCUAACAGUUUGUUUAAUGGUAAGAAAACGUAA